CAUUAAUGGUAUCACGAGAACGCAUCUCUUCUAGUCCACAUUUUCCUGCAAAUGUUUGCUUUGGAAAAAACUCCUCAUUUCGUUCCUUCUUUGGAAACAUAAACCCCGCUUGUGCUUCCAGGACUGACAGCAGAGUACACGUCUCUGUGACUGGAUCUGUAGAAGUGAAACAUGGAGCCACCAGCAGGGCCCUCAUCGGGACCUUUUGACUACGACCUGCUUGUUAUUGGAGGAGGGUCAGGAGGCCUGGCAGUGGCAAAGGAAGCUGCUGGGUUGAGGAAGAAGGUGCUGAUCCUUGACCUCGUCGCUCCCUCUCCGAGAGGCACCGAGAGGGGUCUCGGAGGUUCCAGUCUGAACACAGACCAGAUUAGGAAACUCUUACAGCAGUCGUCUCUCCUGGGAGAAGCUGUUGGAGACUCUGAAAAGUUCGGCUGGAAGUUUAAGAGCAUGGUAAUUAAAAACUGGGUGGAGCUGAUGGAGGCCGUGAGGGAGCAGCUGAAGACUCGCAGCGAGGAGCUGAAGAGGGAGCUGAAAAGGGGUGGAGUCUUUUACCUCAACGACCGCGGUGAGAUCGUAGCGCCUCACACUGUGGAGGCGACAGACAUAAACGGGCGUAAGAGUCUGACAGCAGAGACUCUCGUCAUUGCUACAGGAGACAGCCCUCAGUACCUGGACAUACCUGGAGGCAGAGAGGUCGCAUAACUAGGUCACGAGGACCUGCUCUCCCUGCCUCACCCCCAGGUCGGACCCCUGGUGGUGGGCGGGUCUGCAGAGGGGUUGGAGUGUGCCGGCUUCCUGUCCGGCCUCGACCAGCAGGUUAUCGUCAUGCCGCAGACCGACCUGCUGCCGGGGUUCGAUCAGAAAAUGGCUCAGAAGAUAGAAAACCAAAUGUUCGUCAGUGGAGUGAACUUCCUGUAUCACUGCUCACUCAACAAUGAUGCACCACAAGUUUCUAGGAAGAGUCUACGGGUGACCUUCAUAAGCAAGGACGGUCAGACCAAAGAGGAGGACUUUGAUACGGUGCUGCUUGCUGUUGGAAAGAAGGUGUGCACCAGCAAUAUAGGACUUCAAUGUGUUGGAGUGAAGUGCAAACAAGACACUGGAAAGAUCCUGGUGAAUGAGAGGGAUCAGACCAGUGUGGAUCAUAUCUACGCCGUUGGAUCAGUGCAGCACGGACGCCCCUCUACUACCGGCCUCUCAGUACAUGCUGGGACGCUGCUGGCCCGACGACUCUACAGUGGAAACAGCAUCUUGUGUGAUUACAGCAACGUGCCCACCGUUGUUCUCACUCCUCUGGAAUACGCUGCCUGCGGUCUCUCAGAGGAGAAAGCCAACCUGACAUUCGGAGAAGACAGCGUAGAGGUGUAUCACAGCUACUACUGGCCUCUGGAGUGGGAGCUUCCUGCAAGGAAUAAAAACUCCUGCUACGUUAAAGUCAUCUGCCACAUCCCGGACAAAGAGCGUGUGAUUGGUCUCCACGUCAUGGGUCCAAACGCUGCAGAUAUCCUCCAAGGUUUCGUUGCAGCGAUGAAAUGUGGUCUCACCAAAGACCAGCUUGACUCCACCGUGGGAAUCCAGCCCGGGUCAGCCCAGGUGCUCACCUCGCUGACACAAACCCAGCGGAUGUCUGAGGCCUUGAUGAUGAGGGGCAACUGCUGAGGUUAGCCCCCUGCUGUCAGUCACUGUUGCCUAAAGCAGCAGUGUAAGACAGCAGGGAGCACCCUGAAGAUUGACGGCUGCAGGAUGGUCACCUGACCACAUGAUGACGUCCUCACCUGAAGCCUGAGUGACAGGCGGGCGAGGUCCGAUGCUCUACUGCUGACACACUUUGUAUUUCUUUUAUGCAUGUCUGCUUUUUAGGUUUGUUUGCAGUUCUUUUAUGAAAGGUUUGCUUGAAGCCUCAUUCUGUAACAUACAGUAACGUUAAUGCAUUUUAAUGGCUCUUAACUAUAAAGAAGUUAAGACGCUCCCUGAGGUUCUGCCCCUGAAAGCCUCUGCAAGCUUUAAUACAGCUGAGUUUUUAAAGGCUGCAGGAGAGUGAUAAGACUCUGGGAUUUGAUGCAUUUACAUGCAGUAAAAGCUCCGACUUAUACGCUGUGUUUUUAUUGCUCUGGUUCAGCCUCAGGGGUCUUACAGCCUUAAUUUCAUGUAAUGAACUAGACGGGGAUUAUAGAAUUACCCAAAUUAAUAGUGUUUAUCGGUGAAUGCUCGGCUGUAAUUGAUGCAUAUGGCGUCUUUAUCGCGACAUUAGGCCAGAGUUCCUGACGCUCUCCCUUGUUUGCUUUCUCUCUUUUAUAUUCUCUCUCUGAUUCAGCGCCGCCAAGCAAAGCAACGCUCUUCAAACAACUGUUGAAUAUUCAUGCAGGAUCAUUAAGUGAAGUGUCUCAUACAAAUCAAUGCGGGGACCGGAGUGCAGAUAUUUUUAAAAGCAUGCCACUGACCCUCCAAGUUUACAGCUCCACCUCUGCUCUGCAUGCUGCAUUCAAAUCAGAAAAUGUUCAUCUGCGUGCGUGCAACAUGGGUGUGCCCCGUGCAAGGGCAUCAUUCUCAUUCUCUGGGUGUCUUUGCAGCUUUUGCAAAAGAGCACAGGCUCUUGUCCGUUCUAUGGUAAUGUCUCAAACUAUUGUGCUUUGUGUGUCGCUUCCCGAGCACUGCAGCUACUAGAUGCAAAUUCUGUGAGAGUUACCCUCCAGACCACCUUCUGAUUCUCUCCCUGACAGACCUGCUUGUGUAAGUAAGACAGAUCUCCUAAUUAGAAAAAGUGCACAGGACUGUGUCUCUUUUGGCGUGUGCCUGAAAAUGCCAUUAGAGCAUAAUUCAAUCAAAGAAGAGAAGCUUCUGUGACUUUGUGCAAGUUUCACGGCAAGGUUAAGAUGCUGCAGAGAGGUCUAUCUAUCACUGCCUGCUGAUCUUGGACUGAGUUCAGGAGUCUGAGCUGACCUUUAUGCAGUGUGAGCGGUUACCACUAGAUGGCACUGCAGAUGUAUGUGGAGGAGGUAAAUAAAGACACUGCUCACUUUGUCAUUUUUGGAGAGAGGAGAAUAAAAUGGAUUCAAAGAUGUG